AUGGGCUUAGUCCUUACGCCUGGCCGGAGAGGAGUAAAAGGCAAAGCAAAUGGGGUUUUGCACUCCGGUGAAGGUCCUAUUCAUGCAGUGAAAUGGAGAACAAGUCUCAUUGCUUGGGCUAAUGAUGCUGGUGUAAAAGUUUAUGAUGCUUCAAAUGAUCAGCGAAUUACAUUUAUUGAGAGACCACGAGGAAGCCCACGUCCUGAGCUUUUGCUCCCACACUUGGUUUGGCAGGAUGAUACUCUUUUGGUGAUUGGAUGGGGAACAUCAGUUAAGAUUGCAUCGAUAAGAACAAAUCAGUAUAAGGGAGUCAACGGGACAUACAGGCAGAUUCAGAUGUCUAGCAUUAACCAGGUCGAUAUUGUGGCAUCUUUUCAGACCAGCUAUUAUAUAUCAGGAAUUGCUCCUUUUGGUGAUUCUUUGGUUGUUCUAGCUUAUAUUCCUGGGGAUGGAGAUGGAGAGAAGGAAUUUAGUAGCACAGUGCCGUCAAGACAGGGGAAUGCCCAGAGACCAGAAGUUCGGAUUGUAACUUGGAACAAUGAUGAACUUGCAACAGACGCCUUACCUGUUCAUGGUUUUGAGCACUACAAGGCGAAGGACUAUUCCCUUGCUCAUGCUCCUUUCUCAGGUAGCAGCUAUGCUGGUGGUCAAUGGGCAGCUGGUGAUGAGCCGUUGUAUUAUAUUGUGUCCCCAAAGGAUGUUGUGAUUGCAAAACCCAGGUAAGUUCUUAUAAUUAUUUCACAG